AUGCUCGCCCGCCAUGCCUCCCACCCACGCCAGACGCUCGUGGCGGCUUUCGUCGCCUGGAAGGUCCUCCUGCUGGCCAUCGCCCUGGGCAGCGCCGUGGCCCCGUCCUACGACACCUCGACGACGCUGAUGCUCCGGCGCAAUGAGUCGGACCUCUCCAUCGUCACCCGCCUGACGCGCUGGGACGCCCUGUACUUCACCCAGUCCGCCCGCCGCGGCUACCUUUUCGAGCAGGAAUGGGCCUUCAAUGCCGGACUACCCUUGAUCGUGUCGGUCCUCGUCAAGGCUGCGCGCCUGCUCGGCGCCGAGGGUGAUGGCACCGGCGCUCUCGAAGCGGCCUUCGGCAUCAUCGUUGCCCACGCUGCCCAUCUCUUUGCGGUGCUCAUGCUCCACGAGCUGACGCUAAAGCUCUUCUCCCGUCGCCCAUUGGCCUUCCUGUCCGCCCUGCUUCACAUCCUCUCCCCGGCGGGUCUCUUCCUCUCGGCACCCUACGCCGAGAGCCUCUGCGCAUUCUUCUCCUUCGCCGGCUAUUACGUUCUCGCCUCCAUCUCGGCCCUUCCCAAGGGCUCUCUUUCGUGGACCGGAGGCCAAAUCCUCGCCGGCGCCAUCUUUGGUCUCGCCACGGCUUCUCGCUCCAACGGGCUCCUGAACGGCCUGCCCUUCGCCAUCGAGUGUCUAAUGAUCCUGCCCCCGCUCCUUGCCAGCCCUACGGACCUCAAGACCUUUGCGGCUCUGUUUGGCCCCGUCACUGGCGGGCUCCUCGUGGCAACCGGGUCCGUCGUGCCCCAGGCGCUGGCAUGGCUGCGAUACUGUUCCGGCGCAUCCGAGCCGCGCGCAUGGUGUGCCCGGACCGUGCCCAGCAUCUACUCCUUUGUACAGGAACAUUACUGGGGAGUGGGCUUGUUCCGCUAUUGGACGCCAUCAAACGUUCCUCUGUUUAUCCUCGCCGCCCCGGUGCUAGGAUUGCUAAUCGUUUCCGGGUGGGAUGUCAUGAGCAGGCCUUCGGGUUUGGCGCGGAGUCCGACGGCGGAGAGGCAGGCGACGCCGCCGCGGAAUGGCGCGACGUCGCCGCUGGUCUUCUCCAUGGCGACGAUCCAGGUCCUGCUCGCCGUCUUAGCCAUCACGACGUAUCAUGUGCAAAUCAUCACGAGGAUCGCGUCCGGGUACGCCGUGUGGUAUUGGUGGGUUGCUGGGUGCCUGCUGGACGACGGCGCCGACGGCAAGCGCCGGGACUUGGGAAACAAGAUUGUGACCUUUUCCGUCAUGUAUGCUGCGAUCCAGGGUGUGUUGUUUGCGUCGUUUCUCCCGCCUGCUUGA